GGCUGCUGUCCCCAUGAAAGGCGCCCAGCCCGUGGGCAGCCCCGCGGGGGCCCCUGGGAGCAGCCCAGAAGGUGUGGACCUGACACUGACCGGCUUCCCGCCACCCUUGUCCCACCGGCCCAGCAGCGCCGCGGCCACCAAGCCCCUGACCCGCUCUGUGUCUGCCGUGGUGGGCACUGGGCCGCGGAGGAGGGCGCAGGACCCCACAGGGCCUGGAAGACCCCCAGCUGUGAACAACCUGCGCCGAUCCAGCAGCGCCACCCAGGUGAACCCACCACCCGCAAGCCAGGCCUGGACCGACCCCCCCAGGCCGGUGGAGCCCCUGGAUUUCCUGGCACUGUUUGAGAGCAGCCCUGAUGGGCAAAAGCAGCCAUGCAGUCUGGGAAAAGCUGCCAGUGAUCAGAGAGCCACGUGGAACAUUCUGGACGAGCAGCCCAGGGCUUCCCCACUGCCUGUCGACACCCGGAGCCCGCCCAGUGCCCCUGAGGCGCGUGCUGGCCCGAGAAGGAGGGAGUGUGCUGUGACCCUGGCGCCUAGCUUCACGGCCAACAACAGGAGCAGCAAAGGAGCGGUGGGCAACCGUGUGACAGCGAUGGUGCAUAACCGUCACAGCCCCGCAGAGAAGGCGCCACCCCCCAAGAGCUCCAACCACACAGCCCUUUCCCUCAACAACAUCCUCAAGGCGGCCUCCCACGAGGUCCAGGAGAGCGGAAGCAUCCAGAAACUGCAGAAGAAUCUGGCCAGCAGCAACCAAGGGGCCCGGAACAACACUGGGGGGCCCCUUGGCCCCCUCAGGAGGAAGGAGGUGACGGAGGAAGAGGCUGAGAGGUUCAUCAACCGGGUGAACAAGGCGGCUGUCACCAUUCAGCGCUGGUACCGGCAGCAGGCCCAGCAGCGGACAGGAGAGGCCUCCAGGGAGCGAGAGGGGAAGCAGCUCCCAGGAGAUGGGAACAUUCUGGACAUGCACCGUCAGAAGGAGGCAGCCAGGAGGAAGGCCAGGGAGGAGAAGGCGCGGCAGGCCAGGCAGGCGGCCAUGCAGGAACUGCAGCAGAAGCGAGCCCUGAGGCAGGGCACUCUGGAACUGGCCCCCAGGCGGGGACGCCCCCAACUCUCACCAGCCCACAAAGCCAACAACACAGGGGCCGAACCCCACACUGCAGGCCAACAAGAUGCUUGCCAGCCCCCCACGGAGGUGUCCCCACAGCCCCAGCCGUUUCCAGAGCCCACGAAGCAGGACCCCAUCUCCCACGAGGCAGCCGGCAGGGACCGGGAGGCCCCAGAAGCUGCCAGGAGUAGGGCCAAGUCCAGAGUCAUGCUGGACGAGCUGCUGGACACUCUGAAACUGCUGGAGGCAGAGCCUGAGCCUCUGCCCCCGCCCAGGACCUACCGACAGGACAGAUACGCCUGGAGUGAUGAGGAGGACAGGGCCAGCUCCCUGACUGCUGAUAACCUGGAGAAGCUGGGGACGCUCAGUGCUGGCGCGGGGCCCCCUGAAACCGGGACGCUACUGUCGGAGGCCAAGCUGCAGAGCAUACUGAGCUUUCUGGACGAGAUGGAGAAGUCAGGGCAGGACCGGCCCAGCCCGGCCCCCCAGGGGCCCCUGCUGGAGGACGGACCUGGGCGCCCCAUGCCAGAAGCCAGCACUUCCCUGAUGCGGCUGCAGCUAGAGGUGGAGGAGAAGAAGCGGGCCGCGGCGCUGCUGCAGAGGGCACUGGCGCAGCAGCGGGACCUGGCGGAGCGGCGGGUCAAGGAGACAGAGCGGGAGCUGGGUCGGCAGCUGCGGCAGCAGCAGGAGCAUUACGAGGCCACCAUCCAGCGGCACCUGUGCUUCAUCGACCAGCUGAUCGAAGACAAGAAGGUCCUGACUGAGAAGUGUGAGGCGGUGGUGACCGAGCUGAAGUCGGGCGAGCAGCGGCACCGUGAGCAGGCGGCCCGCACGCAGGAGCAGCACCGCCUGGAGGUAAAGAAACUGAAAGAAGUCAUGAGCGCCACGGAGAAGGUGCGCAGAGAAAAGUGGAUCAACGAGAAGACGCGCAAGAUCAAGGAGAUCACAGUCCGAGGCCUGGAGCCCGAGAUCCAGAAGCUGAUCGCCAAGCACAAGCAGGAGGUGAAGCGGCUCAAGGGGCUGCACGAGGCGGAGCUGGCACAGGCGGCAGCGCGCGCGGCCGAGCUCUACGGGCGGCAGGCGGAGGAGCUGCGGGCCCGGCUGGAGCGCGAGAAGGAGGCGCUGGGCCAGCAGGAGCGCGAGCGCGCCCAGCAGCGCCUGGAGCAGCACCUGGAGCAGGAGCAGCGGGCCCUGCAGCAGCGGCGGCGGCAGCUCUACAGCGAGGUGGCCGAGGAGAAGGAGCGGCUGGGCCAGCAGGCGGCCAGGCAGCGCGCCGAGCUGGAGGAGCUGCGGCGGCAGCUGGAGGCGAGCAGCGCGGCGGGCGGCCGGGCGCUGCGGGCCGAGUUCGACAAGGAGCGGGAGGCGCAGGAGCAGCGGCACCAGGUGGAGCUGAAGGCCCUUCGGGACCAGCUGGAGCUGGAGAGACAAGUAUGGGAAGCCAGCUGCGCCCGGAAGGAGGAGGCCCGGCUGCUCAGCCGGGAGCGGGAGCUGAAGGAGGAGAUCCGGCGAGGCCGCGACAAGGACAUCGAGCUGGUCAUCCACCGGCUGGAGGCUGACAUGACGCAGGCCCGAGAAGAGGGCGAGCGGGCCACCGAGAGCCGCAUCCAGCGCAUCCGGGACAAGUACCAGACGGAGCUGGCCGAGCUGGAGCGCUCGGAGCGGCAGCUGCAGGAGCGCUGCGCGCAGCUCCGGAGCCGCCUGGGGGAGGCCGAGGGCGAGGGCGUGCGCCUGCGGGGCCUGCUGCAGCAGAAGGAGCGGGAGCUGGCUGACACGCGGGAGGUAAAUGAGCAGCUGACCGCGGAGCGCCGAGACCUGGCCCAGGUGCUCCGCCAGGAGUUCGCCGAUCGCCUGGCGGCCUCGGAGGAGGAGACUCGGCAGGUCAGGGCUGAGCUGGCCGCGCUGCGUGCCCAACAGCAGCUGGAGCUGGAGCAGCUGACGCGGAGCAAGCAGGCCGAGCUGGAGGCGGUGCACGGGAGGGUGAAGGUGGCGCUGGCCAAGAAGGAGGAGGCAGUGAGCAGCCUUCGGAGGCAGCAUGAGGCGGCAGUGAAACGAGCUGACCACCUGGAGGAGCUCCUGGAACUGCGGCGGCGGCCGGGCCCCAGUACCCAAUGAGGCUGUGACCAGCCGUGUCCUGUGUGCCCG